AUGGCCGCAACAAAAUCACCAUUUUUUGGUGAAAAGGAUAAUGUUCAAUCCUUGAUACAAAAAAUACAAACUGCAGACUACCCGCCUUUACCCGAUGACAGAUAUACUCUUCAUCUUGAAUCUUUAAUUGAGUCCUGUAUGCGUCCAGUUAUGAACGAAAGACCAAAUGCAGUUACAGUUUAUGAAGUAGCUCAAUAUAUGAAUGGUUUAUGGGGAAAUCAUUAA